AUGGCUGGACCGCAAAAGCCUUCACAUGCAAGCGCGGUGCAAGGAGGCCCAGGUUACCUGAGGAAGACCGAGGGGCUUCAGCCCUGCGACGAGCAUCGGAGGCAGGGUGCUCACACCUCCUGUAACACAAGUCGCUGCUGGGUGGCACUUGGCUCCCUCUUCCCAGUCAGCCCCGGUAAGGAGGCAAAGUCCCCACUCAGCGACUGCCUGGCCAGGUUUGGAAGAAGAUCGUUCUCAGAUACUGAGAAAUCUGGACUUUUUAACAGCGUACUACCUAAAGGAAUAGACGGAAUUAUCAAGAAACACCAUGAGCGCAGCUUUGCUCUCUCGUAGACUCAACGGAAGCGCCGUGGAGGAGCAGUUAAUUCUAGGCAAGCUCGCAAACGAAACAGGCUGGUGGCUUCUACUGCAGAAACGGCUUCAGAAGCAGAGCCAAUAGAACUUGAAGAAAGUGAGAAUCAACGACAAAGGAGAAAUCUCAGACUAAGAAGCCAGCGACAGUCGGACAGCUGUGUACUGAGUAGCGAUGAUGAAGAUGAAACAAGAGAUAAUGAUGUGUAUGUGACAGAUAAAGUGUCUCGAGAAUUGGGACCACUGGAAGAUGACACUGCAAGUUCAAAGCCGUCUGGUACUGUUAGCUGUCCGAUUUGCAUGGAUGGCUACUCGGAGAUUGUGCAGAGUGGACGACUGAUUGUGUCAACCACAUGCGGCCAUGUCUUCUGCAGUCAGUGCCUCCGUGAUUCCCUUAGGAAUGCCAAGUCUUGCCCAGCCUGCAGGAAGAAACUCACUCACAGACAAUGUCAUCCCAUUUAUAUAUGAGUACUUCUAUUUCUCAGGACAGACUCAACUGGAUUUUGGGGGAAAAUGUCAUGUUUUCAGUGCUCUGAAGACUUAAAAGAGCAGCAGGUUGUGCACACAUCCAAAUAAAACUGGGUUUU